GGAUUUUCAGACGAGAAAAUAUGUCGGCGAUCAUCAAUCUUGAAGCUCCCAAAGACUCCGCCAAGGGAAGUAUUAGGGGCUUUGGAUUCAUUUCAAGAGGAGACUGUGACUUUCAGAAGGAGCUACAGAAGAGUGGCUUCCCCACAAAGCAUGCAAAUGUGGCAGCUGGUAAACUGGAGUUUCAUGCUAAGGUGGUUGUAGUUACUCUCCUUCUACUCUAUUUGUGCAUGCUUCCUGAACUGGCUUACCUGUUUGAAGCCUUUUACUUAGGAGAACCCUGCUACAGGACAUUCCAGCAUGACACUUCCAUCACUUCACCUUACCAUCCUGACAGUGAGAAUAUUCCCCAGCCCUUGGAACAUCGUGUUUCAAGGAAUAUGGAUGGAGGGUCUCAUGUGGAAGAUUUACUUCACAAGCCAAUUAGAUGGUCCUCAACUGUUGCAGUUGAUGAACAUCAUGAAGUGGAUACAUCAGAUGGCUUGCACAAUACAACUCGUCUGGACUGUGACAAGAGUGAACCAAGGGAGGAAAAGAAUGCUACAUUCUCAAUCAUGGAUUUAGUGUCUUCAGGAUGUCAGAAUAAAAGUGAAGAUAUUGAGACUGGAGGUGAUGCAGAUAUUUCAAGCUUGCCAACUGAUGAUAAGGAGAAUCUUAUUAACUCAGAUCAUCUAUCUGUGGGCAUGGAAAUUUCUCACAUGCCUUCUCCAAAUACCACAUAUGGCCAUGAUGAGGAGCAAAGCUUAGGAAAAUGCCUUGAUGUUGGUCCAGCUGUGAAUGCAGAUGAUAUGGAUAUUUCAACUUUGCCUACUGAUGAUAAGCAGAAUCUUACCAACCCAAAUCAUUUAUCAUUGGGCAUGGAAAUUUCUCAGAUGCCUUCUCCAAAUGUCACCAAUGUUAAUGAUCAACAAAACCAUAGAGAUAUCCUUGGUGCAAGGCCAACAGUGAAUGUGGAUGAUAUGGAUGUCAGCUGUAUAAGUGUUCAUGUGGCUCCUGAAACUCAUGGUGUGCAUGCCAUAGCCAUGGAUUCUAACAGAAUUACUUCUAAUGGAGAAUCUCCAAGAAACAAUGAAGACUUAGCAGUUGAUGAUGGCAUGGACCUGACCAAAAUUGAGAUGCAUAAUGUCUUGGAUGUGGUUGAAUCCUGCCAUAGAAUAUCAGAAGACCACAGCCAGACAACUCAACAAAAUUUGGCUGCUUGUCCUGAUUUCUCAUUGGAAAUGAGCAUGAGCCCAGGACAGUUUACCCAGCAUAAGUUGGGAAAAGGCCCAGUCAACAUGGAAGUAUCUGUACUUGAAGGGGAAGGGGAGAAAUCUCCAACAGUCAUAAAACAGACAUCUGGAAAUUAUACUGAAUUGAGAGGUAAAAAUUUGAAAGCCCCAGUCAAGCCCUUCAAGGAGGUGUGUCAACAUCAGUCACCUGUAUUGGAAACUUCGUCACUUGAGAGUCACUUGGAUCAGACUAAGGUGAAGCCACACAGCAUAAAUGUAGGACCAGUGUUGGUUGAAUCCAGCCAAAAAAUGUUAAAGGAUUCCCCCAAGGUAACUCAAGGAAAUUUGAGCAACAGCCCAGAUUUCUCAUUGGAAAUGAGCAUGAGCCCAGGGCAAUGUACUCAACAUAGCUUGGAAAGAAGCUCAGUCAGCAUGGAACUUUCUUUAAAUGAAGGACAGGAAAAAAAGUCUCCUACCCUCACAAAACAGACAUCUUUCAAUAAUACUGGAAUAGGGGGUCAACAUUUGGAAGCUCCACUCAAGUUCUCGAAGGAUAUGCAUGGACUGCAGUCACCUGAAGCACAAUCUCCCUCACCAGUUGUUCACUUGAACUUGGAGAAGCCAGAGUCAUGCUGUACCAUUGAGGCAGAACCAGUAUUGGUUGAAUCCAGUAUAAAAAUAUCAGAUCACACCCAGACAAGUGAACCAAACUUGGAACCAAACUCCCCUGAUCCCUCAGCAGAAAUGAGCUUGAGCCCAGGACAGUGUUCACAGCAUAUCUUGGAAAAAAGUUCAGCUAGCAUGGAACUAUCUCUAAACGAAGGAGAGGAGGGAAAAUCCCCUGGUGUCAUAAAGCCAGCAUCAGGAAACUAUAAUAGAUUGAAAAACAGAAGUUUGGUGGUCCAAGUUGAUUCCUUGAAGGACUUGCUUGAGCAUGAGUCAUCUGAAAUUCAUUCUUGUAAGCUUUCAAAUAAAUCCAAGCCAACUCAGGACAAGUCAAAUUUGUAUGUGGAAGAAGAGUAUUUAACCAAAGAAAAGACAAUUAAUUUGGAUGGUUCUUCAAAAGCUGAAAAAGGAGCAAACAGGAGCACACAUGAGUGUGAAAAGUUGGAAGAAACUGGCUGUAGUAUCAAGGCAUCAUUCAUGGAUGAAUAUGAAGACAUAUUGCCACUUGAUAAACUUGGUCCCUCAUCAAAUAAGUAUGAUUGGCUCCAGGAGAGUGAUGAAGAAGAUGACAUAAUGAAGUGUAGAAUGAAACGAACUUCCCCAUGCAUAGAAAAUGACAUCCCCCAGAAGAAGAGACGAGAAGAUACAGCAUCUUGGUGUGAAGUGGAAACAGUUUUCCUGAAUAGCAGGGAAAGUUGUCCAUCAAAGAGCAUGCCACUUGAGUCCCAUCUUGAUGAGUCUUUGCAAAUUUCUGAUCUGUUGAGAAAAGGACAGAGGUGCAAAGACAUUGCUGCUGAUCUUUCAGAUGUUACAGCUUGUGGAACUGAUAUCUUUCAACCCUCAGUGUCUCAUUUAACAUCUGAUGAAGACUCAGAACAAUCAAAGGAAGAGCAGGGUGACAAUACACAAGAAGAGUCAUAUGAUGGUCACUCAGCUGAUGAUGGGAGCCAUGCAUCUGAUUACUUGACAGAGGAAUCAAGAUCUGUGACAGUAUUGCUAGGAGAAAAAAGCCGUACAUCUUCCAUUUCUACUAAAGAUGAUCUGAUGUACAGAAAGAAUGUACAUUCAAAUGAAAGCAGACUUGAAGUGGAGCAUGCAACAAAGUCCUCCAUAAAUAUGAAGCUUAUUGCUGGAGAGGAUGUUGAGAGUGGUUCUUCAAGUCAGGCUAGCAAAGAAGAAAUAGCUGACAGUUUUAUGGAAAGCCAGUUAGAUUCCCAGGAGUCUAAUUCUGCAGUAAAUGGAGAGUCCUCUCCUAACCCCCCAGUGUCUACAGCAGAGGUGCAAAGGGCAGAAAGGCAUUCUGAAACAUUGAUAAUGUUGGGUGAAUCAUUUGAGGUAGAGAAAUGCCUCCUUCCACCUCCCAGUGAGGGAACAGAACAGCAACAAGAAGCAAAGAGCAUAUUUGAGACUCUCCCAAAAUGUUCACAAAAAGGAGUGGGGUUCUGGUAUUUCAAGAAGCAAGAUGAUGAAGAGGCAACUUUCAUUCUUUGUGACUUAACUAUUCAAGCUUCAGUACUGUUAGGGGAGAAACUUCCAGUUGAAGAUGGCAUUCAGCAUUGGGCAGUGAAAGAUAUAAGAUUCACUUAUAUAGGUUCCUUGGUAACUAGUGGCCAGCGUCUUCAUCAGCUGGUAUGCCUGGAAACAGCACCUACCAAACAUUCCGCAAACUGGGUUGAACAGAAUGUUCCUACAACUCAUAAGAUCACACAUUUCAUGAGUCAUCUGGAAGAAUAUACCCAGAUUUGUUGUGAUCUCAUCAAACAAAUUGUGUGGGUCCAUCACCGACAUGGCAUGACCAGAUUCAAUGGAUCUGAUGGGUAUAUCACUGAACAUGAGUCAUUCUGGUUAAACCUGGAGCUUCAAGUCAACUUCCACCUGCAUUUUCCUUUCCCAAGUAAAGGCUGCACACCAGAAGUUGCAGUCAUCAAAGGACCCAUCACGGCUGCAGAGAUUGAGCAAGUGAUUGCUGAUGUUCCUAAAGAGGGCUUCUACAUGCUCGAAGUUGAUAGAGCCAUCUACAAGUACAUGAGACAAAAGGUGGAUGACAAGAUUGAAGCAAUCAGGACCGGAGCCUUGAAGAUGGAAGAUGCAUUUUCCACAUCUCUUUGUUGA